AUGGGUUUACAGUACAAAGUCUUUUUCAGCAAACGCAAUUCGGCCACUAGGACUGGCCCAGCGGGUCACGAUCACCUCAAGUGGGUGCCUACUUCUUCCACCCUGAUAUACGGCGACCAAGAUGGUAUUUUAGUCGACGCCCAAUUGACUACCCAAGCGUCAAAUGAACUUUUGGACUGGGUAGUUGAGAGUGGCAAAAAUAUCACCCAUGUCUAUGUCACACAUGCCCACGGCGACCACUUCUUUGGUAGCGCGCCCAUUUUGGAGCGAUUUCCCAAAGCAACCUUAGUCGCAACGCCUGAAGUCGUGGCCAGGAUGAAACUAGAGACUGCACCAGAACGGAUGACUGGGCUUUGGGAAAAGCUAUUUCCGGGCCAAAUUCCGCCAAAUUUGAGGCUUGCGGAGCCUCUUCAGCAAGACCAUCUUGAACUAGAAGGUGAAAGGUUGGAGGUGGUCAGGACGGGUCACACGGAUACUGAUGAAACGACAACUCUCUGGGUUCCUUCUCUCCAACUUGCGGUAACUGGCGAUGCUGUAUACGCAAACACUCACCCGUAUCUGGGAGAGUCCGGAACAACUGUCAAACGAAAGGAGUGGAUUAAGGCUUUGGAUACCAUCGCCGCACUCCAGCCUAAGCAUGUCGUGGGUGGGCAUAGUGAUCCGAGCCGUCCAUUUGGGCUCGAGGCAAUUGGGGAUACCAAGACAUAUUUGGAGGACUUCGAGAAACUGAGCGCUGAGGCGAAGACGGCCGAAGAGCUUUAUGCCCGCAUGAUGGACAUUUAUCCUGACCGUCUCAAUCCGGGGUCUCUAUGGGCAGGUGCUGUUUUAGUUUAUAAGUCAUAG